AUGUCAUCAUCAACAUCUUCAUCAUCACUUCUACUUUGUGUCUUAGUUAAAAGCGCAAAAAUCCAAUUAUCCGACAAUGAAUGUUGUUCAUAUGUUGUACUUAAAAUUGAUAACGUUAAAUCAACAACAACUGUCGUCAAAGGUUCAACACCAAGUUGGGAACAAGAAUUUUAUUUUGAUGUACCAGAUCGUUCAGCUGGACUUCAAAUUGAAUUAUGGGAACGUGGUCAAUUUUGGGAUAAACUUCUUGGAUUAUAUCAUAUACGUUUAGAUCGUAAUGAUGAACAAUUAAAUACAGAUCUAUCAAGUGCUCAUGAAAGAUGGAUAACAUUAGAUGCUGAAUUAAUAUUAAAUCGUCAAGGACAAGUCACACGAACAUGUCAUCCAACCGGACAUUCAAUAUUAAUUCGUACUUAUGUUGAAUUACCAUCAGAUUUAACUGAUGAAGAAUCCAAAGAAUUAAGUGAAAAACUUGAAAUUCUUUAUGGUAUUCUUGAUAAAGAAGGUCUUCAAUUACAGGAUGUUACAUUUGAUGAACUUAAUUCACUUUCUACUAUGCCAACUGAUCAACCUUAUCCACUUCAUUAUGGACAACCAAAUCAUCAUUCUCAUUCACAUUUUUCGGAUGAUAGUGAUUAUACAUCCGAUGUAUCAUAUCCAAUAAAUGCUCAAGCAAAUGUAAACUAUCCAGUUCCAUUAAUGUCCCAAUCAAAUGAAAAUUCAUCUCCGGUAGUACUAACUAAAAAACCAUCAGCAUUUGUCCAACCAAUUAUUCGUGAUUCAUCUCGACGAUCAAAUAUAAAUCAAGUAGAAAAAACAAGUUCAUUAUCACAACAAGAGCCACUUUCAUAUGUUAGUCAAUCAAGAAGAAUGCCGACAACAUUUUUAAAUGAACAACAACAACAACCGUAA